AUGGACAUUAAGCCUACAAUACAGGGACUCAGCCACUUGUUUGGCAAUGUUCAUUGCAGCACUGUUUACGAUACCCAAAGGGUGAAAAUAACUCAAUGUCCAUCAACAGAGGACGGAUCGACAAAACAUGGUAUACCCACACAAUGGAAUAUAACUCAGCCUUUAAAAGAAAAUGAUGGGCAGUGCUCCAGGAAGCCGCCUCGGCGCGCUCGGCGGCGUCGCGCGGCGCUGGGCGUCGGCGUGAGCGUGAGCAAGGACUUCGCCGUGGACGCACGCCGACUGGGCGCCGAAGAGCUGCGCGCGCUGGAGUGGCAGCAGGCGGAGCACGGGGACGUGUCGUUGCUGCCCGCCCGCCAAGGUGCUGCCAUGCUGCCCUGCCUAGACGAAUUCGUGCUCGAGGCGAGUGACGGCUCUGCGCGCCUGGCCGAGCUGCACCGCCGCCGCCUUUACUGGGGCUACUCCGGCCAUGGCCGCGUCAAACCCGGGGGCCUCUGGAGGCUCUGCGACUGCUUCGUGCCCUACGCGCUGAGAGGUGGUUACGUGCUCUCGGCCGACCUGGUGCGCUACCUGCGCCUCCGCUGCAUGUAGCUAAUCGCCCGGCACAGCGAUGAUUGGUCUCAGGGCGCGUGGCUGGCGCCCGUGGACGUACCACGCGAACACGAUCAGUACAAGUCGCGCUACCUAGUGACGCACAGGCAAAGCGUGGCCAACAGGCUGGAGAAGCACCAAACGCUGGCGCGCGGGGGCCGCCGGCGCCACUAGGAGGUGCGGCUGCGCCUCUCCCACGUCUACUAUGGGUCUGCGCCACCCUUGCAGUGCUCCCUGUGCAGGGAGGAGAUUCCCUAG